AUGCGCUUCUCUGCUGCCACGCUUCUUCAGGUUGCGCUCUGCGCCUCCUCUGUCAACGCCUUGGCGUUGCCCCAGGCUGAUACCAAGCCCAUCGACGAGCGAGCUGCUGUUGGCGACCUCGUCCCUACCAUUGAAGCGUCCCUCGCCUCGCGGGCUGACCUUCCACCUUCUGGUUCCGUCUCUCUCACAGGUCAGAAGGACACCGAUGGAAAGUUCAUCGUCAAGCCUGCCCCCGAAGGCGAAGACACCCAGGCGCUGCAGAGGCGCGCCAGUCCUGCUGUUGUUGCCAUCGCAACACCCCUCAUCAACGGAAUCGGGGCUGUUACUGCCGCCGCCAUUAAAGCUGCCAUUGGCGGCCUGGUUUCCAUGGCUUUCUGGAAUCCCGUCCGCGAGAACUUCACCAAGAACACCGUCAAGCGCAUGUGGGAUAGCAACCCCAACCCCAGCCUCUACGCGGCCGCGGUUUGUUACAACAAAGGCUAUGGUCUUCAGCGGCCCGACGGGGUCAGUGGAAAGGUCAGCGCUAAGCUUAGCCUUGGUGCUCUGAACACAGACUAUGAUUGCAUGUACAUGGAGGGCAACAACCAGUUCUACACGCACAGCGAAGGCGGCUACAUCAACCUUGCUUACCACUACGACUCCAACCGCUGCACCUUCAUCAGGGACAACGGUGACCUUCACUGCCGGUAG